AUGGGCGACUGGUCCAAGACCGGAAGCGCCUUCGUCGACGAAGUCAAGAAGACUGGGCUGCGCGGCCUGCGCGACAAGUUCAAGGCCGAGGUGCGCCACUACAAACCCGACGGCAGCUGCAAAGUAUGGGAGAAGAACCCGACACGGAACCGUUUCAAGGAUAUCCGAUGCCUCGACAGCUCGCGCGUCAAGCUCCAGAAUACUGAAAACGAUUACAUCCACGCGUCGUGGGUGCAGACCGGCGACAAGAAAUUCAUCCUCACCCAGGGCCCGCUCCAGAACACCGCCGAACACUUUUGGGAGAUGGUCGUCGAGAAUAAAUGCGCGACGAUCGUCAUGCUGUGCGACUUCAAGGAGUGCGGAAAGCCAAAGUGCUUCGAGUAUUUCGGCGAGGCGGUCGGCGAGGUCAAAUUUGGGGGUGUUAAGGUAAAAACCACAACUGUCGACAAGGCGCUGAAGCGCGUGCAGAAAUCGUGUUUCGAAGUGACGCACUUCCGCUUCGACGCGUGGCAAGACCACUGCGCACCGGACGACACGAAGACGACACUUCGUCUCCUCUACGAGAUGCUGCAGCACUCCGAUGAAGCUGGCGGCCCCGUCGUCAUUCACUGCUCGGCCGGCGUUGGUCGCACCGGCGCGUUUGUGGGCGCGGUGAUGGCGCUGGAGGCGCUGCGCCUUGGCACCACCCCCAUGGACCUGUCGGCGAUCGUGAAGAAGCUGCGGGAUCAGCGCCUGAUGGCCGUGCAGAGCGACCUGCAAUUCCUCUUCCUCGGCCGUGCCGCCCUGGAGGCCCUGGCCGAGAAGAAGGUGUGCAGCUCGUCCGACGAUUGGUACAAGACGUUCAUCUCCGACUACAACGGCUACACGGCGCACAAGAAGAAGAAGAUCGAGGAGAUCCUGCUUAAGAGGUCCACUGUCCACGACAACUCGUUCGAAGAAAGCUGGAUCACCGAU